UUGGUGGCCACCGGGCAGUUCACCAUAAUCAAACAGCCUUUGGGAUUUAUGAAAAUCCUACAAUGGGGCUCUCUGCCCACUCGUCUGCCCCUGGCUUAGAGGAGAUGUGAUUGGUUGAAGCUGUCACACUUUGGAUUCCUGCCAAACUCAAACUCAGAGACAGAAAGAUGCUGUCUUGCCAGACUUUGCUAUAAAAUCGGCGAUAAGCAGCAGCCUGCAGUGUUUGGAGGAACAUUGGAGUGCAGGAGACACAGCAGAUGGUGAAACCAGUGUCAGAUCUUUGCCAUCUUUGCUUUCUCGACAUGCGGCAGCUACUCUGGCAUGUUCAAGAUGAGUGUGGAGUGUAAAAACCGGUCAGAGAGUGACCUGAGUAUUGAGGUGGAGUUUGAGUAUCCAUUCAGGCUACAUCAGGUGUACUUCGAUGCCCCAACCUGUAAAGGGGGAAACCCUGAGCGUCUGUUCCUGAUCGGAGACUACUCCUCCUCAGCUGGGUUCUUUGUCACCGUCGGUGUCUUCUCCUUCCUCUACUCCAUGGCAGCCCUUUCUGUGUAUGUUUUCAUUCUGGAGAAAUACCGUGAAGGCUGCAAGGGAGCCCAGAUUGACUUUGUUGUGACCUGUGUGUUCACCUUCUUCUGGCUGGUGGCUUCUUCUGCCUGGGCUAAGGGUCUGUCGGAUGUGAAGGCAUCCACCGACCCAGACAAGGUUCUCUUACUGAUCGAGGCCUGCGACGAACCGGAGAACCGCUGCCGUGAAGUCCAUGACCCUGUCGUCUCUGGUCUCAACACAUCUGUGGCAUUUGGCUUCCUGAACCUGAUCCUGUGGGGAGGGAACCUGUGGUUCGUGUUCAAGGAGACUGGCUGGCUGGCAGCUUUUGGAGGCACAUAUGCACCUUCCCAGGAGAAAGCGCCUGCCCCAGAGUCCUUCGGCCAGGACGGCUAUGGGCAGGAGGGCUAUGCACAGCAGGGGGAUGCCUAUACCGGCACCCAGGGAGGCUACCAGCCCGACUAUGGCCAGGGCGGCUACACUGAGGGAGGUGGAGACUAUCAGCAGGGGGGAUACGAACAGCAGACCACCCCUUACGCCAAUCAGAUGUGAGCUGGUCCACCCUAUGGCAGCUGGAAGCUGGGGCCACCAUGUGAUUUAGGAGUGUGGUGCCUGACCACCACCCACAAUUCCACACUCCUCUGUUUGUCUGUUUGUGCAUUUGUGAGUUGACAAGAGGAGGGAGGGAGGCAGGCAGCGAGGGAUGGAGGAAGGUGGGCACUUGGAAGGGGAAGUUAUCAACACCGUGUCCCUUGGGAGAGGGUUAUUUUGUUGAGGGGGAAAUGGGUCCUUACUGUAACAUGCUGUUUAUUCUCGUGAUGUAUUUAACUGUGGAAGACAACAGGGGAUUCAUUGACAGUUUGAUCGCACAAGGACAAACUGGAAUACAAAACCAAAACAUGAACAUCAAUCUUUUAAAGGAAUAACACUUAAAUGAAGGACAAUAAUGGUAGUAAUAUUUAACGUGGGAGAAUGUAUUUGUCUGUGCUAUGUAAAUAUCAACAUAUUCAUAUAGAAAUAUAUGUACACAGUUGAAUAAUUGUGCACUCCAUAUUAGUUGUUAUACAACGAAUGUAGAGAACAGAGUUAUUCAGUUGUAUUUACUUCAGUUCUGUUUAGGAGCUCACAUAGUUCAACCCUCGUUGUUUUUUAAUAUUUAUGUUUUGUGUUUAUUUUAUUUCUCCAUGUGUGUUUCUCUACAUUUUCAGUUUAUUUAGUUUCAGAAUAGUUAUUUUCUCAUUGUGCUUUUUUAUUUGUUCAACAUUACUGAAUGAGUUUAACGGGAUAGAGUAGAGAAGAUGUGAUGGAGAGAUGUGAUGGGUGAAGACAAAAAAAGAAAGCAAAAAGAAUGACGAAUUCAGAGAGAGAGUAGAGAAGAAUGAGAGAGGUGUUAGCAGUGAUUCAUGUAUUCAUUACAACUUGUAUUCAUUGUCUUUUAUAUUUUUCCAUUGAAAUAUUACUCAAGGAUUUAGCUAUGUUUGUUGAGAAAAGCUGAAAUGCAAAAAGGAGAAAAUGCAUCUAGGAUAAUGAAAAAGUAGUUAGCAUGGUACGAAUUGGUAUUCUGCUAAUACUAUGCUGUUCCUAAAAACUGCUGUAUAUACUAUGCUAUCAACACUUUUAGUUAAAGAUGAUUUGAGGUUGUGAAGUCAACUGAUGUUAAGGGGAUCAUUAUUUUUUAUGUAGUUCAGAACUUGGCGUCAGAUAGAUUGGGCCCAGAACCUUGUCAUGUUUCCAUCGACUAUUUAUCUAGUCUAGAGAUGAGUCAUAAAACAGAAUAAGUAAUCAUGUUUAUUCACAAUUUAUUUUGGUCAUCUGAUCAAAACGCAUUCAUAUAUUUUCAUAGAACUAAAUCAGUAUGGCACAAUGUGUCAUUUUCAAGACCAUAUACAAGCCAUAGAAAAUAAGUAUUUUUACAUAUUAAUGUAUCUUGUUUCCAUUUACAUAAAAUAUCCUGCAUCCCUGAUCCCCCCCACACCCACACAUUCACUCUCAAAAGCAGGUUUUUGCAUGUGUCUGACUCCUGGAGUUAAAGUACCCUGGAACCAAAUUGAGAGGGGGUGC